UACACGUGAAAUAUCACACCGUCGGGCUCAGUUUGAAAAGACACGGUCAUUUUCCCCUUAAAACUGCAAACGCAAAGAUAAAAUCUGGGACACUUAUGGAACAUUUAUUUACCCCAAGCGGUGUCAGUCUGUGCCUCUGCUGUCUCUAGUCAAACAUAGCGCUUUCGUUCGUUCCGCGGUUGAGUUGAACUGUGAAGUUAAAGUGAAGUGUUAGUGGAGAUGAAUCGCACGGAUCAUGUUCAGUGAAAGUACGAAGUGUUUGAGCUAGUCCGUGUUCGUGUAUAUGCGUAUGUGUUAAACCCAGCCUCCAUCUUUACAUAGACAUAGCAACGUUUACCUGAAACCAUUACCUGUGUGAAGCGCACCUGGACGGGCUUACACAAACGUGGAUUUUAGGAGACAAGAAAGACUGUUUUGGAAGUAUAGACAUGACUGGGGGAUGUAUGAUCCAUUCUAAGAUCUAGAGUCUUGAUGUUUGAUUCUGAAGAUUGCUGUGAUCCGGAUCUGAGAAAUAUUAUGUCAAAAUCCUCAGAUCAAUUUGACAGCUCGGACUGUGUGUGUUCUUUAGGGAUGAAGUUGACUUGGGAUAUAAACGACUCCAAACUUCCACAGGACACAAAGCAGUAUGAUGUAUUCCAGGAGUGGACGGAUGGAUAUGUGCGUUAUAUUUACAGUAGUGAGGAUAAAAAUGCACAGAGACACCUAAGUGGAUGGGCCAUGAGAAACACGAAUAAUCACAACAGUCAUAUCCUGAAGAAGUCUUGUCUUGGUGUUGUGGUGUGUUCACGGAACUGCUCUCUACCAGAUGGGACCAAACUUCAGCUGAGACCGGCCAUCUGUGAUAAAGCACGACAGAAACAACAGAAAAAGCUUUGCCCGAACUGUAACACAGCUCUAGAGUUGAUUCCGUGCCGAGGUCACAGUGGAUAUCCAGUCACCAAUUUUUGGAGAGUUGAUGGAAAGGCCAUUUUUUUCCAGGCUAAAGGAGUCCAUGACCACCACAGACCAGAGAGUAAGUCUGAAACAGAGGCAAGAAGGAGUGCAGUGAAGAGACGGUUGUCUUCACCUCACUUCUCACAGAAAAGAAGACUGGUGGAGCCAGAGCCUGGGCGCUACCAUGACAUGGCCUUCCCAAAUAUCCACCAGCUCACCAUGGAGGAUUCGGACCGCUUCAGCAUCAUUGCAGAGUCCAACUUCCCAAUCCAGACCCAACACUACCCUCCAUUCCAGAACCCAGAGCCCUACAAGUUCCCCUAUGAAACAAACGCUGCUGCGGCCAUGGCCGAUGCCCCAGGCUCACUGCAGAAGCCUGCCAACCACCGUCUGUAUAUGACUCGCCCCCCUUGUGGCUAUGAUUUUACAGUCCCAGGAUACAUCAGCUCAAGUCCUUAUCCAGCAGCACUGUACAAGGACCCUGCUAACCCACAAUCUGAGAUGGAACCUAAUAAAUCUGGGCCCUGUCUAAGUGGGGUCUCUCAUGGCACGAGCCCAUUAGCCACCCAUGAGCGGAGCUACGCAGACACCACGGGAAAACAUCACAACUGGAAGCAGAUUCAUAGUAAAGGUGUUUACGGGGAACGAGGAGAUUACCCUCAGCUGCCGACCAAUGGCAACCACCACUACUACAACAGCAACUACCCAUGUAGGUACACAGGACCCACUUCUGCUUCCCCGGCAGCUCUCCAGACCAUAAUAACCACAACUACAAAAGUGUCAUACCAGCCAUGCCCCAAGCCAUCUGUCGUCAAGCAUGGAGAGAACAUCUAUGACGUAAAAUGUCUGUCUAAAUGUAACUCAGUAUUGGAAGAGGCAACUCAGAACUCUCCCUACUCUGACAUUAAGAUUCCUGAGGAUUCCGGAGUGAUAAAAUCUGCCCUGUCAUACCAGGACACUCUCCCAGCUAAAAUUGAGAGGGCAGAAAACUUUGAGGGCUAUCGCUUCAGCAGCUACAGCUCAAAAAGUUACCCUGAACAGAUGUCACAUCCAUUUAGGUAUGACAUUGGUGAAUACUGAAGGACUACAAUGAGAAACAAUAGACGACAAUAGACAAUACCCCAUGGCAAGAUGUGUCAGACUUUAAAUAUAGACCUGAAACUUACUCUACACAAAUACAUGAAUGCAAACUUUUCAAGCUAUGCAAACUUGAUUUCGUGUAUCAUUGCAUUCUGCCAUGUGCAAUUCAUAAUGCAAUGCAAGCACAAGUUUGAUUCUCAACUUGGCUUAAAGGGGCAGCAUUAGCACAAACUAUUCUUAUAUGGUCUUUUUUUAUUUAUUUUUUUAUUUUAGGUUAACUACUGUCAUGGUGGAGCAACAUUUUGAAGGGAAGCUUGCUGAGCAAGUUAGUUAAUUAGAAUUAGUUAACAGUUUUGUUCAGUCGAUUGACAAAUCAGUGUUAUUGAGCAACUUUUUAAGUUAACAAAUUGUUCUCUUUAACUUACAUACACUGACUCUUAUUUGUGGAACACUGACUGAUGUCUCUCCCUUUUGAAAACAUUGAGCUCUAGUAUCAAGUGUGAGACUGCUUUGGUGGCUUUUCUUGCAUGUAAAGACUGACUAUAGCAUGAGCCAAUAGCAUUUGAGUGUGAGCUGUAAAGGAUAUUAUUUGUUUGACCCUCUGAUUGAAUACACACCUUCACUGAACCAGGUGGUGAUUUGAAAUGAAAUUAUAUAUAUAUACAUAUAUAUAUAUAUAUAAAAUUGUCAUUAAAAUGACAUUAAGUUGUUAUUGAAACUUUUUUGUCUAUUUGGUAGGGCUACACAAUUAAUCGAAAUGAAAUCGAAACCGCGAUAUGACCUUGCGAUUAUUAAAUUGCGAAGACUGCGAUUUAAUUAACUAAAUACAUAGUCUGCUCCCUUCAAAGUUUAUUUGCGCUGCUCAGUCCAGUCUAUAUUAAAUUAGCACAUUGUUAUAGUGUUUUCAGAGCGGUUCUGUGCUCCACAACUCCCUCUCAUACUUUGAGUAACAGAAGUGAUCUGAGUUCGGUUCCAAUUGCUUAUGUGCGCUAAACUAUUUAUUUACACUAAACUGGCUGCGUGCAGCGUUUUUUAUUAUUAUCUGCGGUAGCAGCAUCUCAGUCUCCGCAAGGCACAGGUAUCAUAAUAAUAGCGCAUAAUACAAGAUGGGGUAUAAUUCAAACAUCUUUAUUAAAUGGCAUUAUCAGUAACACCUGUAGAGUCCAGAAACAUCUCUUCAUUCUCCUUUCAUUCGUUUACUUCACGAGAGAGCGUGUCACCCUUAUUACACUCCCCGCGGAAACAAGUAAAAGUGGAACUAAUAUUACCAACAUCCAACAAAAUGAAAAGGAAGGAACAUACGUAUAAUAAAUCUAUAUUAAAUAUUUUGUUACUAUAAUAUAAUGCAUUGCUAAAUUAAAUAUAAUAAAAUAAUGAAUACAAAUAAUUAAAUUAAAUGUUGACAAACUAACCAAAAUUUCCACUUUAAAUUGAAAUACACCAAUGGGUUAUCAGUUCAACUUCAGUUUGACAUUAAGCCUCAUUCUUUAGGACUAUCUUAUAUAUAGUAACGAAUAGUUUGCAUAAGCCUACUAGAUUUUAAGGCCUAGAAUAAAGAGUUACAUUUAUAUUUGAAAGUUAUAAUUUGUUUAUACUGAAUUAUUCAAUCAACCAACAUUAUUAUUGACAGCAAAAACUAGGCAACAAUUAUGGUUUUACCAACUGGAUGGUAACAUUUGGAUAUGAAGAAGACUUUGUUUCACUGUUUAUAUAUUUAUUUGUUUGUGGUUGAACUGAAAAAAGGGUCUCAGUUUGUUUCUUUUUAAGAGGGAUUGGGUUGAACAUGUGGAAAACAUUACCAUCUAAUCGCAGUUCAAAUCGCAAUCGCAAUAUUUUUUGAAAUAAUUGUAAUAUUACUUUUUUGUCCAAAUCGUGCAGCCCUACUAUUUGGAUACAGUAGCUAGAUUAAAGUCAUGCUCAGCUAUUAAUUAAAUCAUAAAUAGGCCUAAAUAGGCCUAUACUUUGUUGACAUUUUUGGGGGAAACACUUAUGAUGCUUAAAAACAGCUGAAAUCUCUUAAAAGGUUUGUAGAUGUGAACAUUUUAAUAAAGAAUAAUUAGACUUGUUUCAGUCAUGAACGACUCACCACCUAUUACCACAGAAAUGGUCAAUGAACGAAUUAGUGAGCAAAUAAGUAAAUUCAUCUGAACAAAUCACUUUGUGAACAGAUUCAAAAGACUUGAGAUUAAGACAAAUCCACUAUUAUUCAAACUGUCAACUGUCAAACUAACUACCGAUAUAAUAACACAUCCGGAUUAAUAACACAGACUUUUACAGCCCCCUUGAGUACUGAAGUUUGCCACCAUCACAGCAACUCAUGAGCGUAAUGUACAAGAGGACUGCAAGCUUACGAUACGAUGGCCAAACUUUCACGUCUGUGUUCACAUAUUUUGUAAAGUAUGGUUCUGGCCAUAAAAUGUGUUAUUUAUAUUCAGUGUUUGAUCUGUUUAAGUGUCUUUAGUUUAAAAGUGAUUGUAGAUUCCUGGUGGAUUUUUGUGUAAAUCUUUGAUCUAUAUUAAUUAAAUAAAUCAGUGUUGAGUACAUUUCCAGAUACACGAGUAAUGUGUUUGAAAGCCAUGAUUGGUGACUAGCUGUUGUCUUAGAAAUACAUAAAAACUGUGUGUCGAUUGAGAAUCGAGUUAAGAAUUGUUUCUUUGUUCUGUUUAUUAGAAAGGGUCACUCUUUUUAACUGAGAGCAUGUAGAGUGUACUAUAUAGUCUACAACAGAUAUAUUGUCGAUUAUAACAGACCAAGCCUUCUCAUAUUAGUCAUCUUUAAGAGAUUUAAGAAAGACAGUCAAAACACAUUAUUACAUUUGAGAUAAAAAAACAGAAAAGUCUUAAAACCUCUUCAGCUUUGAC